AAUUUAUGAGUAAAUAAUCUAAAUAAUAUCUCUCGACAUCUGCACCUCACAUUGAAACAUCUUAAUAAUUGAGUGUAUCACCUAAAAAAGAGUUUUAUGAUGCUACAAAACAACUGGAAGCUGCUAAGAGAAGAAUCAAUCUAUUAAGAUUAGAAAAUGAAAUUAGGUAUUAUUUUUACAUUUUAAGUAAAGGGAAAAGAAAUUAUAAAUACAAUAACAAAAAUAAGAACAAUUAAAUAAAAUCAGAGAAGAUCAUGAACUAUUUAAAGAAUAUAAAUAAGCACAUAAAGAAUAAGUUAACAUAUAAUUACAGAAUUUAAUACAUAGAACUAGAAAUAUGAAAAUAUAACAAUCAUACGAUAAAAAACUUAUUCAAUAGAACUUUUAAUAGAUGAAAUAACAAGAAGUUAAGAAUAUUAAAGAAUAAUCUUAAAGAAAUGAGUACAUUAUUCGAUAGAACUUGGAUUCAAUAAAAUAAUAAAAAGCAGAAUAAAAAUAACAAGUUCAAUCUUAAGUUUAACUUGCUUAAUAAACUAUAUAAAACUUUCGAUAAUAAAAAUAUCUUCGAUUCAUUCAAGAACACUAAUUUUGUAAUUCUUAACAUUCUCUUGAAGCAGAUUAAAAAUUACAGUAAAUUGAAGAACUCAAAAAACAAGAAGCCUACUUACUCAUUAAGUUAGAUGAAACCACAAAUGUAUUUCAUAAUUUAUAUUAUAGUAAGCAUAUAAACUUAAUUAAAGCGCUUUGAUUAAACAAUCUUAGACCACACCUAAAACUGCAUCCUAUUUUUGA